AAUGCCUGAGGUCCGGAUUAGCCCGUGCUGACCCCGCUGUGCUGGUCCAGGCCCAGGACCCUGCAGGGACACUCCGGCCUCGCUGCCCUGGGAAGAGCACAGAGCGGCCAAGGAUGCCUGCGGAGGGACCGAGCACUCCUGUCUCCACAUAAGCAGUGCCUGAGGGAGAGACAUGUUGGGACAGCGCCCUCCCAGCUGGCACAAUUCUCCCUGCACUGAGACAAGCAGCGCUGACCAUGGCAGUGGCUUGGAGGCUUCUCAUGUGGACUGUCAUCCUCGCUGCGGCCAUGGGCACCUUCCCUGCUUACAAGUCACAAGAGGAGUUCCUCUCCAGCCUGGAUCACUAUGAGAUCGCCUUCCCCAUCCAAGUGGACCAAAACGGGGACUUCCUCACCUUUGACAUGCGGAGGCAGCUGAAGCCGCGGCCCCGGCGCAGCCUGGGCUCCCUGGCCUACGAGCCCUCCGAGCAGCAGGUCUUCUACAAAGUCUCUGCCCACAGGACCCAGUUUCUGCUCAACCUGACCCUGCACUCCAACCUGCUGGCUGAGCACUUCACUGUGGAAUACUGGAAGCGGGAUGGCAUGGACUGGCAGCACGACUUCCACGAGGACUGUCACUACGCUGGCCACCUGCAGGACCAGUACCUGAGCUCCAAGGUGGCCAUCAGCAACUGCAACGGGCUGCACGGGGUGAUCGUGGCAGAUGAGGAGGAAUAUUUCAUUGAACCCCUGAGCCCUGGAGCCAACGUCAGCACGGGGGGAGAGGGCAAGGGCAGCCCCCACGUCGUGUACAAGAGAUCAUCUCUCCAGUACCCCCACAUAGACGCAGCCUGUGGAGUGCUAGAUGAGAAGCCCUGGAAGGGGAGGCACUGGUGGCUGAGGACACUGAAACCCUCCCCUCUGAAACCAGCGGGCAACCACAGCCAGCGGGGGCAGCUGCCCCUCAAGAGAUCCGUGAGCACCGAGCGCUACGUGGAGACCCUGGUGGUGGCUGACAAGAUGAUGGUGGGGUACCACGGCAGGAGGGACAUAGAGCAGUACAUCCUGGCCAUCAUGAAUAUUGUCAGGUUGCCAAACUUUUCCAGGACUCGAGUCUGGGCAAUAUUGUCAACAUCCUGGUGACCAGGCUAAUUCUCCUCACCGAGGACCAGCCCACACUGGAGAUCAACCAUCAUGCCGGGAAAUCCCUGGACAGCUUCUGCAAGUGGCAGAAAUCCAUAGUGAACAGGAAUGGCAAUGGGAAUGCUAUCCCUGAGAACGGCAUAGCCAACCACGACACUGCAGUGCUGAUCAC